AUGAACCCCGCGGCCGCGGCCCCGCCGCCGGGGCAGCAGGUAAUCCACGUCACGCAGGACCUGGACACGGAGCUGGAGGCGCUCUUCAACGCGGUGAUGAACCCCAGGCCCAGCUCCUGGCGGAAGAAGAUCCUGCCCGAGUCCUUCUUCAGGGAACCCGACUCAGGGUCGCACUCGCGGCAGUCGAGCACGGAUUCGGGCGGGCCCCCGGCGCGCCUGCCGCCCGUGCACGGCCGCUCGCACUCCUCGCCCGCCUCGCUGCCCGGCGCGGGCGCGGUGCCGCAGCACGGGCACCUCCGGCAGCGCUCCUGCGAUGUCACGGACGAGCGGCCGCUGCCGCCGGGCUGGGAGAUGGCGCUCACGCAGACCGGGCAGCGCUACUUCCUCAAUCACAUAGAAAAAAUUACAACGUGGCAAGAUCCUCGGAAGCCUGUGAGCCAGCCUCUGAACCACAUUAGCCACCAUCCUGCAGCCACGUGCACACCGGCGCCGCAGAGGUCUAUGGCAAUGUCUCAGCCAAAUCUCAUGGCGAACGUGCAGCCCCAGCUGCCCCCCAGCUCAGCCCUGCCGCAGCAGAGCCGCCCCCCGCAGCCCCCGGCGCUGCUGGCCCUGCCCGCAGCCUUGGCCACGCAGCAGCAGCAGAAACUGAGGCUCCAGAGAAUCCAGAUGGAGAGGGAGCGAAUUCGAAUGCGUCAGGAGGAGUUACUGCGACAGGAAGCUGCUCUUUGCAGACAACUUCCUAUGGACUCAGAAAACAUGGUCCCAGUUCAGACAGCUGUGAACACCUCUGCCAUGACACAGGACAUGAGGCCUAUUACAAAUAAUGGAUCUGAUCCUUUCUUGAGCAGUGGGCCAUACCACUCCAGGGAACAGAGUACAGACAGUGGCUUGGGAUUAGGAUGCUACAGUAUACCAACAACACCUGAAGAUUUCCUCAGCAACGUUGACGAGAUGGAUACAGGAGAAACUGUAGCACAGACAACAAUGAACAUAAAUCCACAGCAAACACGUUUCCCUGAUUUCCUCGACUGUCUUCCAGGAACAAACGUUGAUCUUGGGACUCUAGAGUCAGAAGACUUGAUUCCUAUUCUCAACGACGUGGAGAGUCAGUUGGAGUCAGUGCUUAACAAAAAUGAGCCCUUCCUUACCUGGCUGUAA